AUGGAGGCCCAGGACGGAGCAGAGCUCUGCUUUCCACAGCUCCUCAACGCCUCCUGCUGGAAGCCAAAGCGCCAUCAGUCUGACGCUGUGCUGCUCUAUCUGCUGUUCUUCAUCUCUGCGCUCACUGUGGUUCUCAACCUGCUGCUCCACACACCCACCAACCUGCUGCUUCUCUCUCUGGCUGUGUCUGACUUCCUUAUGGGUCUUGUGGUGACACCGUUGCAGGUUUAUAGAAGAAUAUCCUGUUGGUAUCUUGGAAAUCGCAUUUGCUCUCUUCAGGGAUACGUGAGCUUCUCCAUCAUCUCUGCCUCAAUAGGGGGCAUGGUUCUGAUAUCAGCUGAUCGCUAUGCAGCUAUUUGUGACCCUCUGCAUUAUUCCACCAGAGUCACUGUGAGCAAAGUUAAAAAGUGUGUUUGUUUGUGUUGGUUCUGUGCUUUUAUUUAUAAUAUAAUACUUUUUAGGGAGGAGUUGAUAAAACCAGGCCAGCAAAAUUCGUGCCAUGGAAUGUGUUUGGUUUACAUUGACAUUAUUAUGACAGUUGCUGACAUUGCUCUAACCUUUGUUGUUCCAUUUUCCUCCAUCAUAUUUCUGUAUAUGAGAGUGUUUCUGACAGCAGUGUCUCAGGCUCGUGCCAUGCGCUCUCACGUUGCAGCCGUCACCCUCCAUAAUUCAGGGACUAAAAGGUCUGAGUUAAAGGCAGCCAGGACGCUUGGUGUUGUUGUCGCUUGGUUCUUAAUAUGUUUCCUUCCAUAUUACUUUCUCACCUUAAUACCAUAUACUUUACCGGCAGUGUUUAGUUUAUUUCUGUUGUGUCUGAGCCCCUUUCUGAACCCUGUGAUUUAUGCCUUGUUCUACCCCUGGUUCAGAAAAGCUCUGAGGCUCAUUUUCUCUCUCCAGAUUCUGCAGCCUGGCUCCUGUGAGACCAAUGUGCUGUAAUUAGACACUGCAGUGUGUUCAGGUAAAGUAGAGAGGUCUUUUCUUACCCAUCUCUGCCGAACAAAACCUGUGACUAAAUCUGCUCCAAAGGUUAAACCAAUUGCAAAAAGGAUUUGCGAGUAGUGCCUACUUUGUUUUAUUGUUUCAUGCUACAUCUGUCCUUAAUGCUGCAGAGUGCAUUCAGAACAACACACAUUUAAAAAUAUACCAAUAUAUU